UCAAGUGUCAAAGGACCUAAACUGAGAAAUUUCAAAUUACCGAACGAUAAUCGGAAAAAUUAAUUCAUUAUAAAUGAAAUACGUACAGAAUCAAAAUGAAAAUAGAAAAAAAAUAUUGUUUUCAAUGUUAUCGUGUCAUUAAACUCUGAUAGGAAAUCUCAAAACAUGUAAUUUGUUGUUGUGUUGUCUAGGAUACAAAGAUUUGUUGUCAGUUAUUCAAGAAACGCCAGAACGGCGCAUCUUAUUCAUUUAGAAUAAUUUGUGAGUUUUAUGAGUCCUUUCUCUCUCGCAGUUUUCUGUUUAUAAAAAGUAUAUAAAACUGUGUAUAGUUUUUAAAACAUUAUACCACAAUGGCAUCUAGUAAUGAUGAAAACAAUUCUUAUGAUUUUGAAGCUUCAAUACAGAUUUCACGUAUUCUGAAAAUUUUAAGUGAUACUAUCAAGAACACUGAAAUUAUUAUGUGUCUUCCCCUUAUACUGACCAAUGAAGGUGCAAUUUUAAAAAGGUUUUUCCCUGAAGACCAAAUAAUCUUUAUUCAGGAGACCUGCAAGAAAAUUUCCACCACUCAUACUUCAUCAGAUGUAGACGACAGCGCUCUGAUUUGUGAGAUUUGCCUGAUGGUGGACUUGGUAUUGAGUGUGCCAGAACUGGGCGAUUUCUGUCGUACUCAGCUAACAGAUUCUAUAUCCCCAGGUGGCGUCACACUUCUGCGUAACCUGGAAGAGUUGCGUGUCUGUGUGUCCGAGCGGUUGCGCAUAACUCCGAAGAUGGAGGCACAACAAGAUGCAGAGUUGCGGCAGUUAUACCAACAAAACAUCAGGAAUCGUGAGGAGGUGGAGCGGCUCACGGAAAAACUGAACAAGCUCGUUACUGAAACCGAGCAGGAGAUUGAGGGGAAAAAACAAUUAAUCAAGAGUCAAAUAGAAAAAAUAACAAAAAUCAGAAAACAGUGUAGGGAUAGUGUAAAAAAGAAGAUGGACGAUGCAGAGAGACAGAUCAGUUGGGAUGUGAAGAACAGUGAAUAUCGCCUGGAGGAACUUCAAGCUGGAGCGAAGAACGCUCAAUAUAGGCGUGAAGUGCAACUGAAAGAACACAUACACUCUGAAAGAGAUUUGCGCGCCAAGAGGUACAAGGUAGAGUCACAGUUGGUAGCAGUGCUGCAGAAAUAUGAUGCGGAUAUUGGAGAGAGACAUGCACAGCUAGAAGAAAUGACAGCUAGCUAUGAGGAGGAAAAGGAGCAGAUGGCACUGCUGCAGCAACAGUUCGACGAGCAGGAGACGGAAUACGUCAGUCUGAUGCUCGAGAAGGAACAUUACGAGAGACAACAAUGGGAAGCUAAGCUGUAUGACAUCCGAUGUCGCAUUGCAGCGCGCAAGAUUCAACGUUACUUCCGGGCAUAUCUAGCCGCCACCCGUGCCAAGGGGAAGAAAGGGAAAAAAGGAAAGAAGAAGAAGUAAUUGGAAGUUCGAAGAAGAGGUUGAACUUGGUACUUAAUUUUUAUUUCAUGAAAAUUUAAUAAAUAAAAUUAUGCGCACCAA